AGUUUCUUUGCAGCUAGCAUUAGAUCGUUAGCUUAGCAGCAUUAGCUCGUGUUCUCGCGGCAGAAACAAAUCAAACCUGUUUUUCUCGUCGCGCGUUUUCCGUCGCCCACAGUCCAGAGCGGAUCCAUGUGGUCCUGCGGGUCCUGGUCCUGGUUCUGGUCCUGGUUCAGUUCGCAUACUGCUCGCGGUUCACGACCAGCUGCUUCUCUCUUAUACAACCACGUCACUUCCUGCUUUACUUUCGAAAUAAGAGGCCAGGUUGAUAAAAACCCGGAAAAGAAUCCAUGAAUGUGUCACAACUAUGACACAUAGUUGCGUUAAAUAUGAAAUGAAAUGAAAUGAAAUAAAACAUUUCACAGAAAUUAAACAAUUAUUAGAUUUUAACUGUUUAUUGUUAGAUAAAAGGAACACAAUCUAUGAACCUAUUUAUGAAUAAAAAAGGAUUAUUUUAAUAUAUUGUUGUUAUAUUAUGUGUUAUUCAUGUGCUAUUAUGUUUGUUUUUGUAUUUUAGUAUGUAAAUCAUGUUAAUGACGCGCCCCCUGGCGGCCGCCGCGCGUCUUCACCUGUGUGUUUCUAUCUUGGGCCGCUGCUCUAUGUUUAGCUCCGUCAGCAGCUGAUCUUUGUUGUGCGUAAUGACGUCACUCCUCCUCCUCUGUGUCUGUCUAUGGAGGAUUUAUUUAUUUUCUUCUCUUCGUCUCCUCCUCCAUUAACAGCAGCAGCAGCAGCAGCGGGGCCUCCGUCACCUCAGCAGCCGCAGCAGGAGCCUGAGCGCCGGCCACGAGAGCAGAGCAUGAGCGCGCAGAGACGCCGGGAGCCGCCGCCGCUGAAACCCGGAGGAGGCGACAUGAGAGCGGAGUGAAGAGGCGAGGAGACGCCGCGGCUCACUCAGGAUGUCUGGGCCGGCCGGACCUGCACAGCCCGCCGCCGGGCCCGGGCCGGGAUUAGGGCCGGGACUAGGGCCGGGACCAGGGCCAGAGUUGCCGGACCUGAGCCACCUGACAGAGGAAGAGCGGAGGAUCAUCCUCUCUGUGAUGGAGAGACAGAAGAAGGAGGAGGAGAAGGAGCAGAGCAUGCUUAAGAAGUUGCAUCAGCAGUUUGAGAUGUAUAAGGAUCAGGUGAAGAUGCUGGGGGAGGAGCCUCAGGCGGCUCAGACGGCGAGGGCGGAGUCUCCCAUCUGCGGCAUUUGUCGCAAGACCAAAUUCGCUGACGGUUGUGGUCGAGUGUGUUGUUACUGUCGGAGCCGCUUCUGCGCUCGCUGCGGGGGGCGUGUCCCUCUGAGAGCCAAUAAGGUCAUGUGGGUGUGUAACGUGUGCAGGAUGAAGCAGGAGAUGCUUACUCGCUCGGGCGAGUUUAACUCACCCAUGUCUGUCGACCACACCCAGCACGGGGUCCCACACCCACCGACGCAGGGGCCGCCAGUCGCCACAAGCAAUGGAGCCACAGAGCGGAGGCGGAGCCCUGUAGGGUCACAUUACGAUGGCGGGGGCGGCCGCAUGCCUCGCUCACCCUCUGACCUCGGUCUGGACCGCUGCACUCACUCGCUGCGGGGUUUCCAUGGCAACGGGGUGGAGGAACUUCGAGGACCGAGGCGAGCGUUCAGAGACGCUCGAGGCCGCUGGCACUCACAGGACCACCCUCUGGACCAGGUUCUGGACAAGCAUGAGCUGCAGCGGCGACAGGAGGAGGAGUUUCAGGCCCGUUACCGUAGUGACCCAAACUUGGCUCGUUACCCGGUGAAGCCGCAGCCAAGUGAGGAGGCCAUGAGGAUGUUAGCUCAGGUCAGCAGAGUCCGACACCAGCGCCGCCACAGUGACGUCUCCCUGGCAACCGCAGAGCCCGAACACCUGACCCCAAGACACACAGUUCUCCGACAUAAUCGACCACAGGGAUUAAUGGGAUCGGGAGGUCAGAGGUCAUUCUCUGUUGACCACGCAGGUAAUCGCUUAAGCCCCACCUCUCCCCGACGCAGUCCGUUACCGCAGCAGCACCUGGACCCGAGCUCCGCCCACAAAAGGAAGUCAGCCAAUGAGGGCUCAGUGCAGAGGGGGCAGGGCAUGGGGAAGAUGCACGUGAUUGGCAGCUUCAGCAGCUCCGAGGAGGAUUUGGUGACCACGCCCGACUACACCAGCUGUGAUGAGCCUGACCGAGACAUGGACAGCCAUUGGUGGGAUCAUGGUUCCUGGCAUAGCGAGCCUGGGUCCAUGUCCAUGCAUCCAGUCACAUGGCAACCGUCCAAGGACGGCGAGCGUCUCAUCGGUCGAAUUUUGUUGAACAAGAGGAUGAAGGAUGGGACGGUUCCCGCAGAUACGGGAGCGCUGCUCGGACUCAAGGUUGUCGGGGGGAAGAUGACGGAUUCAGGUCGACUCUGUGCGUUCAUCACCAAGGUGAAAAGAGGAAGUCUGGCAGACACAGUGGGACACCUGAGACCAGGUGAUCAGGUUCUGGAAUGGAACGGUCGGGUUCUUCAGGGAGCCACGUUUAACGAAGUCUAUAACAUCAUCCUGGAGUCAAAAGCAGAACCACAGGUGGAGCUAGUGGUCUCACGACCCAUUGGAGAUGUUUCCAGAGCAGCAGACAGUCACGUCCAACUGGACUCCAGUUCCAGCUCCUUUGACUCUCAGAAAGUCGGUCCAUCCAUCUCGGUCACGUCUCCCGUGAGCCCCAGCGUCCUGUCCGGACAAGUCUCGAUUCAGGGCAGGCGUCCUCUGGUUCCUCGGAUUCAGGUGAAGCUCUGGUACGAUAAAGUUGGUCAUCAGCUGAUCGUUACAGUUCUUGGAGCCAAAGAACUUCCUGCUCAAGAUGAUGGUCGACCCAGGAACCCUUACGUCAAGAUUUACUUCCUGCCGGACAGAAGUGAUAAGAGUAAGCGGAGGACAAAGACGGUAAAAAAGUCGGUGGAACCUCGCUGGAAUCAAACCUUCAUGUACUCUCCGGUCCACCGGCGGGAGUUCAGAGAGCGAAUGUUGGAGCUUACAGUCUGGGAUCAGGCCCGGGUCCGAGAGGAGGAGAGUCAGUUCCUGGGCGAGGUUCUGAUAGAACUGGAGUCGGCUCUGCUGGACGAUCAGCCUCACUGGUACAAACUGCAGCGUCAUGAUGUUUCCUCUCUGCCGCUACCAAGCGCCUCCCCCUACCUGCAGAGGAGAGGACUGCAGCAUGAACCCAGUCAGACCAGCAGGAGGCUUCAGAACAAAGGCUCUUACUAUAACUCAGGGUCUCAGAGGAUCAGUGACAGUGAGUUUUCUGAUUACGACUGUGAAGACGGCAUCGGCGUGAUUUCAGACUACAGACAUAAUGGGCGGGACUUUCACAGUUCCACCCUCUCAGUGCCAGAGCAGGUGAUGUCGUCCAAUCAUAGCCCUCGAUCCACUUUGUCCCGGAUGAGGUCGCCGAGUCAACCGCCUCCUCAAAGUGGGAACCCCCUGUACCCGUUGUACCGGGAAGACGCCGUGCGGCUCUUAAGAGGCUCCAAACUGGGCCGAGCACAAUCUGACGCAGGCCAGUACAGCAGCCUGGAGAGGAGGUCACUGAGGAGAAUGUCCGUUGCCAACUCCCUCGACGACAGCAGCAGAUAUUUUAACGGUCCAAACCACACCCUGUGGACUAACCACAUGAUGAAUGGGAGCUGUGAGGACUACAGUCAGGACUUCAUCCCAGACUUUCCCUACGAACCCGACACCUAUGAUGAGGAAGUGCUCAGGUACAGCAGAGGCAUGGACCGGCGGGAUUACUACAGCCGCUCUCGGUCGGCGGACCAGCGUGCGAUGGUGGAGCGUCCGGUCUACACACGCUCACACUCCACGGACCGAGCCGACUCCGCCCACCUGAGGUCUGGACGCUCCGCCCCUCCCUCACCCGCCUGUACGAGAGCGAAUCCUCCCGGUGGAUCAGCACAGACGAGUCCGUCGGGGACGCCGGUCUUUAACCGCCAAGCACGCCAACUGCCCGUCGUCCCACGCAAGCCAACGUUAGACAGAAUCUUGACGACACCCAUCAUGGAAGCAUCAACUUUAGCCCCUCCCCCUGUCCACAAAAAAGCCCCUCCUCUUGCAAAUCACCAGACACCUCCUGUUAUACGAAUACAAGCCCCGCCUACACAGCCUCACCUGCCACACCCACCUCCUGAACCUGUGGAGGCCCUGCCCCCACGUCCUGUCCAAGCCCCACCCCCACCCCCAGCUCCUGCACCUGUGGAGGCCCUGCCCCCACAUCCUGUCCAAGCCCCACCCCCAGCUCCUGCGGAGGCCCUACCCCCACGUCCUGUACAAGCCCCACCCCCAGCUCUUGCACCAGCCACAGCCCCAGCCCCAACAGUCACACAAGCCACGCCCCUAGCUCAUGUAGUCCAAUCACAACCAUCUGUUGAAAAGGCCCUGCCCCCUACAUCUACUUCAGUACCUGCCCCCUCACAAGCCCCGCCCCCACAGACUCCAGAGGCCGACAGACGCUCGGCAACACCUGGAGGCACCAGGAAAGAGGUCACAUGGGAGGACCAGCUGACCAAAGCCAAUGGUGUGAUGAAGGAUCCAUUAAAGAUGAGGGACAGUCUGUCCUUCAAGUCGUCAGACAGUGACAUCAGCGACGUGUCUGCCAUGUCCAACGCCUCCGACACUCGCUCUGUCCGCAGGAUCAGUCGGGCGGAGGCUCUAGAGGGUCAAUCAAUGGAGUUGGGGGCUGGGUCAGAGGGAGCACCAGAAGUCGCAGCAGGUGGUGGAGCCUUGCUUCAGAAGAGCGAAUCAGCAGAGGAGGGAGAGGUGGAGGAGGAGGAGGAGCCUUCAAAGCCGGCAGCGGCGUCUGGAGCUCCUCUUAUGAAGUCGUCGAGCGUCGGCGGUGAGAUUUGUUCGUUGGGGAGAAACGACGACGAUGACGACGACAAGAAAAGACGCUCGAGUUUCGGGGCGAAGAUGAUGGGGAUGGUCGGGCUGGGGAAGAAGAGUCAGAGCGCGUCGCAGCUCAACCCCGAGGAGGAAGAGAAGAAGAAGAAAGUGAUCCGACUUCCUGUCCAGAGAAGCGUAGAAACCGGUUUGGCUGUGGAGUUUAAGUCACGCUUUACUCGACAACCGAGUCGUGACCCGGACGCCGAGGACCCCAAACCUGGAGCGCUCAUUUUUCCCGGAGUGAAAUUAGCAUCAGAUCAACAGUUCACUGGCUUCCUGGAAGGACUAGGCCCCGCCCAGCUAGCUGGACGGCAGACUUUGGCCACACCCCCCAUGGGUGACAUCCAGAUCGGGAUGGUUUACAGGAAGGAGCGUCUGGACGUGGAGGUGAUUCGAGCUCGAGGGCUCGUGGGUAAACAAGGCAACAAAAAUACUCCAGCGCCAUACGUGAAGGUGUAUCUCAUGGACAAUGGGAAGUGUGUGUUGAAGAGAAGAACUCGUCUGGCGAGAAAAACUCUGGAUCCACUUUAUCAACAACAACUGCAGUUUGAAGAAAGUCCAGAGGGUAAAGUACUGCAGAUCAUCGUGUGGGGCGAUUACGGGAGGAUGGAUCAUAAAUCCUUCAUGGGUGCCGCUCAGAUCCUGUUGGACGACCUGGACCUGUCCAACAUGGUGAUUGGCUGGUUUAAACUGUUUCCUGCCACCUCAUUGGUCGACCCCGCCCUGGCCCCUUUGACAAAUAAGGAAGCCGAGGGCAACAAGUCGUAGCAUCAGGAGGCGGGACUAACUUUUUACCAUCGUAGCAAUGGUCAAGGAGAGGGAGGAGGGGACAUGUUGUUUCAGGGCGGGGCCUUAAAAAAAGUCCCAGAUCCUCCUCUGCUGUUGCAUGCUGCAUGAUGACAUCACAGCGAUGUGUAACAGCAUCACAAUGAUGUCACUGUGAGGAGGAGGAGGAGGAGGAGGAGGAGGAGCAGCACAGGAAAUUACCCUCUCACUGCGAGGACCAUGUGACCUCCAGCUGACAGCUAAUAACGGUGGCUCCUCAGGAGUCACAUGACCGCUC